AUGAGCCAAACCAGCAUUCUCCAGACAGGGCGGACUCUUGCCGCAAGCCCAACCUAUGUCGACCAUGGUAUGUCUAGCAAGAACGACGCUGUCGUCAAUGCAGAGACUUCACCAGAAUUCGAAGCCGAUCAGCAUCCCCUGGGCGUGAAGCCGGCUGGGAACGGCCUCGACUCCCAGCACAAUGCACAGACCUUUAUGGGAUCCUUUGGGCUUCUGCCGGACACCUUGCUCUUGAUUCUCCUGGAAUCUCUCAACCGACAGAGCCUUGCCAACCUCGGUGCAACCUGCCGAGGUCUCUACGCCUACUGCACGUACGACCAGCUAUGGAGAGAUAUUGCCGUCAACGAGAUGGACGAGGGGUUUGAGUGGCGAGGCAGCUGGCGAGCAUCACUUCUGCACCUCCCGUCCGCAAGGCUGGCCAAGGUGGAUUGCCGAUAUGUCUUUUCCGAUGCUUUGUAUCGGCCGUUCCAAUGCUCCCGCACGCCAUUGGGGCCAUACGUCUCACACAUUCCACCCGCGAAUGAGAUUCCGCGAUUGGACGACAUCUCUCCAGAAGAGUUCAAUGAGUCCUGGGUAAGCAGGCCAUUCAUCCUGACGGCACCUGUGAAGAAAUGGGAGGUCUUCAGGGCGUGGGACAUGCAGCAUCUCCUCGCGAAGCAUGGGGACGUUUCGUUUCGUUGCGAAGCCGUAGACUGGCCGCUGAAGACCUACGUUGAGUACAUGGAAAGUUCCACGGACGAGUCGCCAUUGUACCUUUUUGAUCGAGCCUUUGUGGAGAAGAUGGGGCUGCAGGAUGCGUAUGAACCGCCCAAGGCAUUCCAGGAAGAUUUCUUCACCCUCCUCAAAGACCAGAGACCAGAUCGACGGUGGCUGAUCGUUGGACCUGAAAGAAGCGGUAGCACGUUUCACAAAGACCCGAACGCCACCAGUGCGUGGAAUGCCAUCAUCAGAGGCUCAAAAUAUUGGAUCAUGUUCCCGAGCUCGAUCCUCCCUCCUGGAGUCUACAUGUCUGAAGAUCAAAGCGAGGUCACUUCGCCAUUGAGCAUUGCCGAGUGGAUGUUGUCGUACCACGCGGAAGCUCGGAGGACCAGUGGUUGUCUUGAGGGCAUCUGUCGAGAAGGCGAGGUCCUCCAUGUCCCGUCGGGGUGGUGGCAUUUGGUCGUCAACCUGGAGCACGCGAUUGCAAUAACCCAAAACUUCGUCCCUAGAGCUCACGUCCGAUCAACGAUUCGCUUCCUCAGAGACAGGGCAGACCAAGUCUCCGGAUUCAGUGACAAAGUGACAGACCCAUACAACCUCUUUAUGGAUCGGUUAAAAGAGACUGAUCCUGACUUGGCGGCAUCUCUCGACGAUUCUCGCAAACGCAAGUGGAAGCAAGUUGUGGGUCAAGACGAAACGGAGGAAGAGCGGCAGGGCUUUAGCUUCGGAUUCGGUGAUGAUCUAGAUGAGGAUGAAUGA